AUGCUACGUACAAAAUCAUCUUUAGUUCAAUACGUUCCAUUAAAAUUUAUCACAAUCUCCAGUAAAAUUUGUGCAUUUGCUGCGGAUGUUUGUAUUCAACAAAUAUUUGAAAACUCAGACGAAAAGCCUAUUGAGGCCGUCUAUUGUUUUCCGAUGGAAGAAAAUGGUGCCGUUUAUUCGUUUAUUGCUCAACUUGAUGAACGAAAAAUUGUUGCACAAUUAAAAGAAAAAUGUGAAGCGCAGCAACAAUAUUCACAAGCAAUACAACAAGGUCAUGGUGCUUAUCUAUUGGAACAAGAUGAAAAGUCGAACGAUAUAUUUGUGGUGAAUGUUGGCGCACUGUUACCAAAGAAACAGUGUCAGAUUGAUAUACGAUAUGUAACAGAAUUGGAAUUAG